AUCAAAGCCUAUUUCCAAAAAAAGUCCAUGGCUUCUGAAAAUUAUGUCCAGCCCUCAAUCCCUUAUUUUGAUGGUCAUCACUACGACCAUUGGAGUAUGUUGAUGGAGAAUUUUCUCCGGUCCAAAGAGUAUUGGACUGUUGUUGAAGCUGGAGUUCCAAAACCAACGGCAGGUGCAAAUGAUGCACAGAGGGCAAAAAUUGAGAAGGAAAAAUUGAAGGAUCUCAAGGCUAAGAACUAUUUGUUCCAAGCCAUAGAUCGGGCUAUCUUGGAAACAAUUCUUAACAAGUCUACUUCCAAGAAUAUUUGGGAUUCCAUGAAGAAGAAGUACCAGGGGAAUGAAAGAGCAAGGUGGCAACAGCGCCAAGCUUUGCGGGCAGAAUUCGAAGUUCUGCAGAUGCAGAUUGGUGAAUCUGUAGAUGAUUAUUUUGCAAGGACGAUGGCUAUUGCAAACAAGAUGAGGAUCCAUGGUGAAAAUCUGGAGGAUGUUGCUAUAGUUGAGAAAAUCCUUCGGUCUAUGACAACAAAAUUCAAUUAUGUUGUUUGUUUAAUUGAGGAGUCAAAUGAUAUUGAGACACUUUCUCUUGAUGAGUUGCAGAACUCAUUGUUAAUUCAUGAGCGGAAGAUAAAUCGCCAAGACAAGCAAGAGCAAGAAAUGCAGAUUUCGCAGACACAAGCCUUGCAGACCACAGUUAAUUCAAGGGCUGUAGGUCAAGGAAAAGAAAACUGGAAAGGCAGACUGAGAUAUGACAGAUUGGAGGAAAGUUCAGCUACUAGAAUUCAGAAGAGGUGGCAGAAUAGAAAUUAUCAAGCUGCAAAUAACAGAUCCAAAUCUACAAGAAAGGCAAAUAUUGAAUGCUUCAGAUGUCAUAAGUAUGGCCAUUAUCAUUCUGAGUGCCGUGCUAAUCUGAAUGGAGGAGAAAGUUCCAAUUUUGCAGAACACAAUGAGAAGAAUGGCGAUUCCUCUCUAUUCAUGGUCUGUCAUCGUAAAGAAGUCAGCAAGAAGAAUGUGUGGUAUUUGGAUACUGGUUGCAGCAAUCACAAGUGUGGAGACACAUCUGCGUUUUCAGAUUUGGAUGAGUCUUGUCAAGACAAGGUGAAAUUUGGUGAUAAUUCCAUUAUUGCAGUCAAGGGAUGGGGAAAGGUAACCAUUUGUGCCAAAGACAAUUCAAUUCAGACUAUUUCUAAUGUUUUGUAUGUACCAGAUUUGAAGUCGAAUCUACUUAAUCUGGGACAGCUUCAGGAAAAAGGAUAUGAAAUUCUUAUUAAAGAUAGAGUUUGCCAAAUUCGUGAUUCAAAACUUGGCCUGAUUGCAAAGGUCAAGAUGACGGGAAAUAGGUUGUUUCCAUUAUACUUACAGACCACAAAUCUGUCAUGUUUAUCUGCCAGAUUAAAGGACACAGCGUGGUUAUGGCAUUGUCAAUUUGGACAUCUUUAUUUUGGUGGAUUGAAAGCUUUGCAACAGAAGAAGAUGGUAAAUGGUCUUCCUCAUUUUGAUUCUCCUUCAGAAAUUUGUGAAAUCUGCGUGGUCAGUAAACAGCACCAUGACAGCUUUCCUAAAGACAGAUCUUGGAGAGCAAAGCAGACCAAGUCAGAAGCCUUAGCAGCCUUUAAAAAUUUCAAAGUCUUGGUUGAGAAUGAGGUUGGAAGAUCUGUAAAGGUUGGCAGAUCUGUAAAGGUUCUGCGUACAAAUCGUGGUGGUGAGUUUAAUUCAAAGGAAUUUGCAGAUUUUUGUAAGUCCAAUGGCAUUAAAAGACAACUCACAGCAGCCUAUACACCUCAACAGAAUGGUGUAGGUGAGAGGAGGAAUCGCACAAUCAUGAAUAUGGUGCGAAGUUUGAUGUCAAAGAGUGGCUUGCCUCAGGAGUUUUGGCCAGAAGCUGUUAAUUGGAGUGUUCAUAUCUUGAACAGAAGUCCCACAUCUCCACUUCCAGAUUUGACACCAGAAGAGGCUUGGAGUGGACAUAGACCUGUUAUUGAUUACUUCAGAAUUUUUGGGUGCAUAGCAUAUGCCCAUGUGCCAGAUCAGAAAAGGAGUAAGCUUGAUGACAAAAGGGAAAAGUGUAUUUUCCUUGGUGUUAGUGAGCAGUCCAAAGCUUACAGAUUAUACAAUCCUUUAACCAAGAAGGUCAUCAUUAGCCGUGAUGUAGUGUUUGAUGAAGCAAGCACUUGGUCUUGGACAGAAAAAUCUGGGCAACAAAUUCCUGCAGAUUUCGAAAAUGGACAAGAUUUGACUGUGCAGAACUCAGAAGGUCAAACUUCAGUAGAUCUUGAGGUUUCAAGACAGACAGCUGAAGAAAGUCUGCCUACAGAAGUAGAGUUCAAUAUUGGAGGAAGUCUGGCAACAACACCAGAACUAGAAUCUGGAACUAGUUCCAGACCUCAACACAAAAAGAGAAGACCAACAUGGUUGGAAGAUUAUGAGUGGCAAAAAGCCAUGGCAGAAGAAAUUGGUUCUAUUGAAAGGAACCAGACUUGGGAGUUGACAGAUCUUCCAAAAGGGCACAAAACAAUUGGUGUUAAAUGGAUCUACAAGACAAAGCUCAAAGCGAAUGGGGCGGUUGACAAAUUCAAAGCUUGCUUGGUGGCAAAGGGUUACAAGCAAGAGUUUGGCAUUGAUUAUCAAGAAGUUUUUGCUCCAGUUGCAAGGAUGGAUACCAUCAGAUUGGUGAUUGCAUUGGCAGCACAAAACUCAUGGCCGAUCUAUCAGCUUGAUGUGAAAUCUGCCUUCUUGCAUGGAAAUCUGCAAGAACAGGUAUUUAUUGAUCAACCUCCUGGUUAUGUGAAAUCUGGUUCUGAGCAUAAGGUUUACAGAUUGAAGAAAGCAUUAUAUGGACUAAAACAAGAACCUAGAGCUUGGUAUAGUCAAAUUGAUGCUUAUUUUUUGAAGGAAGGUUUUCAAAAGUGCCCUUAUGAGCAUACACUUUACAUCAAAUUUGGAGAUGGACGUAAAUUGACUAUAGUAUGCUUAUAUGUUGAUGAUUUAAUUUAUACUGGGAAUGAUUUUGGCAUAUUGGAAAAGUUCAAGCAGUCCAUGAAGCUUGAAUUUGAAAUGACAGAUCUAGUCACUACACCAGUUGACAAAGGUGUAAAGCUCGUGAAAGAUCCAGGAGGCAGAUCUGUGGACAACAAACUGUAUAAGCAGAUUGUUGGAAGUCUGAUGUAUCUGACAGCAACAAGACCAGAUAUAAUGCAUGGUGUAAAUUUUGGACUAUUCUACAAGAAGGGUGACCAGACAAAUCUCGCAGGCUUUACAAACAGUGAUUAUGCUGGAGAUCUGGAUGACAGAAAAAGCACUUCUGGGUUUGUUUUUAUGUUGGGAUAUGGUGCAAUUUCAUGGUCUUCAAAGAAGCAACCCAUUGUGACUUUGUCCACAAUAGAAGCAGAGUAUGUGGCAACAACUUCUUGUGCUUGUCAAGCUAUUUGGUUGAGAAGAAUUAUGGAAGAACUUGAGCUGAAUCAACAUGAGGCCACUUCAAUUUAUUGUGAUAACAGUUUAGCUAUCACGCUUUCUAAAAAUCCAGUUUUGCAUGGGAGAAGCAAGCAUAUACAUGUGAGGUAUCAUUUCUUGCGCAAAUUGGUAGAAGAUGGAACAAUUGAGUUGAUUUAUUGCAGAACAGAAGACCAAGUGGCUGAUAUACUCACAAAACCCCUCAAAGCAGCAGCUUUUUCAAAAUUGAGAGAGUUACUUGGUGUUUGCAGCAUGCAGAAUUCAGUUUGAGGGAGGAUCUACAGAUUCCAGAUUGCAGAUCUGCAAAUAUGGUGUUAUCCAGAUUUCUUUAAACUAAAGUCUGAAGACUUUC